CACAAAUAUGUUAAAUAAUAACAUGCAGGACGUUUCAUGUACACCAGCCGGACCGGAAAAAUGAUGCAAGGGACUCGGUCGGCCGGCGCCGCCAGACUUUUGAACUUCAUCACGGAGCCGAAACAAGUUACCUACCUUCACUCUAGUGCCUACGGCGCUCAAAGAGUCUCCAACACUAUCACUCUCUCGCAGGCCUCGCAUUUCUACUCUUCCCUUCUUCGGCAAUGCACGCAGAUAAAAUCCGUAACGAACGUCAAAGCAAUUCAAACCCACAUGAUCACUUCUGGUUUCCCCAUUUUAAAUUUUGGAAGUAAGCUCGUUGAUGGGUAUCUCAAGUGUGGUAGCAUUCUUGACGCUCGUAAGCUGUUCGAUGAAAUGCCCGAAAGACAUAUUGUCACCUGGAAUUCUAUGAUUGCUUCUUAUAUUGGCAAUAAAAGGAGUAAAGAUGCAAUUGGGAUUUUCAGGAGGAUGGUUUUGGAAGGGGUUUUUCCUGAUGAAUACACGUUUUCAAGUGUUUUCAAGGCGUUUUCUGAACUAGAUAUUGAACGGGAUGGGCGGAGAGCUCACAGCUUGUGCGUUGUUCUUGGUGUGAAUGCUUCCAAUGCGUUUGUUUCUAGUGCUCUUGUUGAUAUGUAUGCGAAAUUUGGUAAAAUGAGGGAUGCCAGGCUGGUGUUGGAUGGAGCCAUGGAGAAAGAUGUGGUCUUGUUCACGGCAUUGAUUGUUGGUUACUCCCAACAGGGCGAAGAUGCUGAAGCUCUAGAGGUAUUUAGGUGUAUGAUCAAUGAGGGAGUUAACGCUAAUGAGUAUACUUUUGCAAGUGUAUUGAUUGCUUGUGGGAAUUUAGGGGAUUUAGGUGAUGGUAAGUUGAUUCAUGGCCUCAUUGUCAAAAUGGGGUUUGAAUCUGCUGUUGCUUCCCAAACUUCUGUGCUUACUAUGUAUUCUAAAUGUGGCUUGAUUGAUGAGUCGAUGAAAGUUUUUAAACAGUUGGCUCACCCAAAUCAAGUGACUUGGACAUCUCUAAUAGCAGGCCUUGUGCAAAAUGGUAGAGAAGAGAUGGCCCUGACAAAGUUUAGAAAAAUGAUUCGCAAUUCAGUAAAUCUGAAUUCUUAUACAUUAUCAAGUGUCCUCCGAGCAUGUUCAAGCCUUGCAAUGCUAGAGGAAGGAAGACAAAUCCAUGCCAUAGUCAAAAAAUUUGGAUUGGAUAGAGAUAAAUAUGCUGGGGCAGCACUUAUUGACUUGUAUGGAAAAUGUGGAAGUACACAGCCGGCAAGGUUGGUUUUUGAUUCUUUAAUGGAAGUCGAUGUAGUUUCUAUGAACUCAAUGAUAUAUAGUUACGCCCAGAAUAGUGUUGGGCCUGAAGCGCUUGACUUGUUCCACAUGAUGAAAGAUAUGAGUCUUCAGCCAAAUGAUGUAACAUUCGUGAGUGUUCUCUUGGCAUGCAACAAUGCAGGGUUGGUUGAAGAAGGCUGCCAAAUCUUUGCCUCCAUGAAAAAUGAUUACAACAUUGAACUUUCCAAAGAUCACUAUGCUUGCAUGGUUGAUUUACUAGGACGAUCUGGGAGGCUUGAAGAGGCAGAAAUGUUAAUGAAGCAGGUCACAAAUCCAGAUGUUGUUCUGUGGAGAACACUUCUCAGUGCAUGUAGGAUUCAUGGAAAGGUUGAUAUGGUAGAGAGGAUUAAGAACAGAGUGCUAGAGCUUGCUCCUGAGGAUGGAGGAACUCAUGUUCUGCUGUCAAAUCUUUAUGCUUCAAAAGGUAACUGGAACCAAGUUAUUGAGAUUAAAAGCACCAUGAAGGAGAUGAAAGUGAAAAAGAAUCCUGCAAUGAGUUGGGUGGAUGUAGAUAAAGAGGUGCAUACUUUCAUGGCUGGGGAUUGGUCCCACCCAUGCUCAAGAGAGAUUUUUGAAAAACUUGACGAAUUGACUGAGAAGGUCAAGAUUCUGGGUUAUGUUCCUGACACAAGAUUUGUGUUGCAAGACUUAGAUGGGGACAACAAAGAGAAGUCUUUAUAUUGUCACAGUGAGAAACUUGCCUUAGCUUUUGCUUUAUGGAAGACUAGUAACAAGACAACUCCUAUCAGGAUUAUGAAGAACCUCAGAGUUUGUGGGGACUGCCACACUUGGAUAAAAUUUGUGUCCAAGGUUGUUCAACGAGAAAUUAGUGCUAGAGACGCAAAGAGAUUUCAUCAUUUUAAAGAUGGAUUCUGUUCCUGCAGAGAUUAUUGGUGAUUUAUAUUUCACAUCGAUCAACACCUGUGUAACUAGCUGUUGCAUGCUGAUUGAUCAACGUGGAUGAACUUAUUAGUAU